AUGGACUCGACACAGAACGACAAGAUCUCCCAAGGCGCCGACUUCAAGGGCGCCGACGUCGAUAAUGUCGAAAACAACUACAUUGAUCCCAACGCGCCGCGGGUUAUGAGCCCUGAGCGUCGUGCGGUAGUCGAGAAGAGCAUGAAGCGAAAGCUUGACAUGCGAUGCUCUCUGUUCGUGCUCAUCUACAUCAUGAACUACCUCGACAGAAACAACAUCGCCGCUGCCCGUCUCCGCGGUCUGCAAGAUGACCUGAAGCUGAACAACAACGAAUAUGCCACCUGCCUCAGUAUUCUGUACGUCGGCUACAUUCUCAUGCAGAUUCCGUCCAACAUGGUCAUCAACAAGAUCUCCCGCCCCUCUUGGUACAUUGGCAUCGCCAUGUUGAUCUGGGGCAUGAUUUCAACCCUCUCUGGUGUGACCACCAACUUUGGAGGCAUGGUCGCCACCCGUUUCUGCCUGGGCUUCAUCGAGGCCGCUUUCCUGCCCGGUGCCCUCAUGAUCCUGUCGAAAUGGUACACCCGCCGCGAGCUCACCACCCGCAACGCCAUCCUCUUCUGCGGUAACCUCAUCUCCAACGCCUUCUCCGCCCUCAUCGGGGCUGGUGUCCUCUCCAACAUGCAGGGCGUCCUCGGUCAUUCUGCUUGGAGAUGGCUCUUCUGGAUCGAGGGUGCCGUCACCAUGUGUGUCGCCAUCUCUGCCGCCUUCAUUCUCCCUGAUUUGCCUACCAAUUCUCGUGGCUUCACCGAGGAGGAGCUCUACGUCGCCCAGCUGCGCAUGACUGAGGAUGUUGGUGAGGCUGAUGCCGACUCGGAUGAGAUGGGCCCUCUCGAUGGUCUUAUCAUGGCUGUCAAGGAUGUCAAGAUCUACAUCAUGAUGCUGACCUUCACUGCCUACGUUGUCGGUCUUUCGUUCAACGCCUUCUUCCCAACCCUCACUCAGACCCUGGGCUUCGGCUACGUCCCCACCCUGCUCAUGAGCUCCCCUCCUUGGGCCUUCUCCUGCAUCAUCUCCCUCAUCAAUGCCUGGCACGCCGAUCGCACGCAGGAGAGAUUCUGGCACAUUGUCGGACCCAUCUGCGUCGGCCUGGUUGGUUUCAUCAUCUCCAUGUCGACCCUCAACGUCGCCGCGCGCUACGUCGCCCUAUUCCUCCAGGCCAGCUCGUACGCCGGCUUCAUCGUAUUCUACUCUUGGAUCUCCUCCUCGUUCCCGCGUCCGCCCGCCAAGCGUGCCGUCGCCAUCGCCAUGAUCAACGCCUUCUCCCAGCUCGGCAACGUGGCCGGUUCGUAUGUCUGGGACCUCAAGGAGAACGGCUUCCGCAAAAGCUACGGCAUCGUUACUGCCAUGUUUGGUAUCACCAUUGUCGGUUGCUACAUCUUCAAGGUCAUCCUUGACAACCUGAACAAGAAGCUCGAGGAGGACGAGCGUGCCUGGGAGGUCAACGGCGAUGUUGCUGCGGAGAGCGCCAACGCCACCAAUACUGAUGAGAUCGAGGCUGCGCGCAAGUUGGGCAAGGGUUUCAGAUACCUUGUCUAA